AUGGGCAGGAUGAUCAGCAUGGAUGGUUCUAAUUAUCAUAUUUGGAAAUGCAAGAUGGAAGAUCUCUUUUAUGUGAAGGAGCUUAAUGUUCCAGUCUUCGAGGAGAAGAAACCUGAGGAUAAAACUGAAGAUCAGUGGAAGUUGCUACAUCGCCAAGUGUGUGGUUUGAUAAGGCAAUGGGUAGAUGAUAAUGUGAGGAAUCAUAUUGAAAAUGAGACUGAUGCUCGUUCUUUGUGGAAGAAGCUGGAACAGUUGUUUGUUCGGAAGACCGGAAAUAAUAAGAUGUACAUGAUCAAGAAAUUGAUUGAGCUGAGGUACCAGGAGCGAACUCCGAUGGCGGAUCACUUGAAUGCAUUUCAAGGAUUGCUCAAUAAAUUAUCUGACAUGGGACUUUAA